AUACUUCACUUCCUCAACUAUUCAGAUGAAGCCACGGCCAAAACCGCCGUUGCUAAACCCAAAUAUGGAGAUCUGCCGCUGACUACGACUCCUCCUUCUCUCUCUCUUUGUUUCCUUGUGGCAUUUAGGAACUUCUCAGACUGAUUUCUUCCAUUUCUAGCCACCAUUUUCCCUCUCUAUGUCGUUUUCCUGAUCGGAAACUUCCAAUCCUCACCGACAUGAACCGCAACUGGAGGGAGUCGAUCGCUGGUGGCCGGAAUGGUUCUGUCUUGUCGCAGAAUCGCCAUGGACAUAGCUUCACUGGAAUCUCCAGAGAUUCUGAUGAGAAUCUGGAUCUCUUCUCCAAGAAUCGUCGGAGUCUCUCAGUUGCUGCCUCCGAAGAUUCCUUUGAUGCGUCGGUGAAAUUGGGGAGGCUUUCAUUUGGAUCGGUGAAAAUGGCUAAGAGUGGGAUCGAUGAUAUGUUGUCGUCGGCUGAGGAAGGAAAACACGAUUAUGACUGGCUUCUCGCUCCUCCUGGGACUCCUCUUUUCCCUUCAUCCUCUAGAAAUGAAGUUCAAUCUACUGUAGCGGGACCGAGAAGCAGUAUGUUAGUCGGAUCGUCUUCAACAACAAAAGCUUUGAGGCUUUCAGUUUCACAAUCAGCGAGUAGCAAUCCUUCUAGGCCAUCUAGGAGCAGUUCCGUGUCUCGGUCCUCUGUCUCCGCCCCACAGAAUAGUAGUUAUUCCAACAGGUCUUCAUCGAUUCUUAAUACAAGCUCGGGUUCGGUUUCCUCUUAUGUAAGGCCUUCCUCCCCAAGCACACGCAAUUCAUCUAUUGCAAGAACUUCUACUCCAUCCUCACGCUUGACACCAUCAAGGUCCUCGACUCCUUCAAGGGCCCGUCCAUCCCUCACCAGCUCCUCCAUUGAAAAACCAAGGAAAACACAAAGUUCAAGGCCGUCCACUCCUAGUUCCAGGCCUCAAAUUCCUGCAAAUUUGAGUACUCCUGCACCCCGGUCGAAUUCCCGCCCAUCUACACCCACUCGACGAAAUUCCGCUCCUUCACUCUCUUCUGUAGUUGGCACUCCAUCUUCUACAGGGCGUAUUCUAUCAGCUAAUGGACGCAGUUCAACUUCAUCAUCUCGACAAAGUUCCCCUAGUCCUCGAGUUCGGGCUGCACCUCAGCCAAUCGUCCCCCCUGAUUUUUCCCUUGAUACCCCUCCAAACCUCAGAAUAACAUUGCCAGAUAGGCCAAUUUCGGCUGGUAGAUCCCGUCCAACUCCUGCUGCAUCAGUUAGAGGGAGUUCCGAGCCUACAUCAACCGUUACCAUGCCUAGAAGAGCAGCAUCCCCUAACGUCUCAAGGGGUAGGCUAACAGACACACCUGGAAGGGGUCGAGUGAAUACCAAUGGACACCUCAGCGACAAUCCUGAAAGUAGGACACUUUCAAGUUCUUCUGAUUUGGGCGGACGGAGACCUGUGAGGACUUCUUCUACCUCUACAGCAGAAAGCAACGGAUAUGGAAGGUCUAUUUCAAAGAAAUCACUUGAUGUGGCCACCAGACAUAUGGAUAUAAGAAAUGGCCCUGGAAUCAUGCGCUCAGGUUCAGGCAAUACUCUAUUUCCCCACAGCAUCCGAUCGGCCACUUCCAAAACUCCGUCCGUUACUUCAAGCAACUCCGAUGCCAUCGGUACUGACUUCCAAAGGAGCAGUAACAACAACAUGGAGAGAGGGAACCAUUUUCAUCCUGAUGGAGGAGAGAAUGGAAGAUUUUGUGGAAGCUUGAAUCAUUUGGACAUGUACGAAAGCUCCCGUUACGAAUCGAUAUUGCUGAAAGAGGACUUGAAGAACACGAAUUGGCUGCACAGCGCAGAUGAUAAAACGGAUUUAAGUUCCAUUUUGGAUUAUGGAUUUGAAGCUCUGCCUGAACCUUUUGGCCUGUUGUAGCAUCUAAGAUGACGAUGAUGGGGUUUGUAUUGCAUUUUCUUGAAUUAUCAUUGUCAUUAUCAUUAUAUUUUGAGAUCAUUUUGGUUUAGAAAAUGAUGGAAUCUGCUGAAUUGCAGUGAAACCUCAAAAGGGAGAAGAGAAGAUAGAAAUAUGGAGAAAUUUGUGAAGAAAAAGUAGUAUGUUCGUUUCCUCGUAAUAGUAGGGUGAAUAUUCUCUCUUAUGUGCAUUUUGAAGCCAUUUUGUGUAUCCAAAGAAUUUGUUUUUGGAUAAAUUGGCCUCUCAUUUUGUCUUU